UGGAAGGCGGAAGUGUGGUUUUAGCUUAGCGCGAAGAUUUCUUCAGGAGGUUUCAAGUUUUUCUGUGUUGAUAACCGACCUGAUUUCAACAGCUCGCAGAGGAAGAGCUGAACAGAGCUGAAAACAUUUCCGUCUUGAUGGGAUUAUCCGCUGCUGUGUCUGAGUAUUGAAGACUAGAAAUGGCGGAUGUCGGAGAUCUGAUGGGCGGCGAUCUGGAGGAUGGAGAGCUCUCCGGGUCCGGCUCGGAUACUGAGAUGGGGACACUAGUAGCACAGCCUCGACCCCAGGCUCCUCCAGCAUUCAGCGGUCAACCCUUCUCCAGCAGAGCCGCCUCCCAGCCUCCUGCAGCCGCGUACCGCAGCACUGCAAAGGCGGUGGAGUCCAGCGGCAGCGACGCGGACUCUUCGGACGAGGAGGCGGCUGUGUGGCGCAGGAAACGCCAGAAAGUUUCCAGCGCUCCUCAGCAGCCACCAGCCGCCGGCGUCAACCGCAUGCCCGACUUCGGAGCACAGGCAGGCCGAAAGGUGAACAACAUCUGGGGCUCCGUGGUGCAGGAGCAGUGCCAGGAUGCCGUGGCUGCAGAGCUGGGUAUAUUCGGCAUGGAGGGCGAGGUUAGCAUGUCCAGCAGGAACGUGGAGACGUAUAACUUCGUCCUGGCUAAAAAGAUAAUGGAGAAGGAGAGGGAGAUGGAGAAGCAGUCCAAGGACGAAGGAGAGGUGAGCAUGCUGGACGCUCAGCUGGAGGAGUACAUGAAGGAGAGGAACUCAGACGAGCGUGCAGGAGGUGACGCAAAGAGGAAGAGGUCGGCUAAAGAGAGGCUGGGCCCCAGAGCUGAGAUGGACAUUAAAGGCCGGUAUGAGAUCACAGAGGAUGACCCUGAUGAUAAGGUGGCGGAGGAGAUCGCACACAGGCUGCAGGAGCCUAAGACGGACCUGAUAGAGCGCGUGGUCAAAGUCAUCGGCAAGAAAAAAGCUAUCGAACUGCUCGGAGAAACGGCGACGCUGGAGGAAACGGGAGGUGUGUACACGAUGGAUGGCAGCAGACGACGGACGCCAGGCGGGGUGUACCUCAACCUGCUGAAGAACACGCCCAGCAUCAGCAAGGGCCAGGUGAGGAAGAUCUUCCUGGAGGAGCAGCAGAGAGAUUGUAAGAGCAAGAGGGCCGCCCAGAAGAGGAGGCGGCACGUGGUGGCCAAGAAGAUGAAGCAGGCCAUCGGCACGCUGAACCUGCAGGAGCACGACGACGGCUCCAGGGAGACUUUUGCCAGCGAUACCAACGAGGCCUUGGAGUCGUUGGAGGACGGCGCGGACGAGGAAGAGGAGGUGCAGGAGGAAGCUGCUGUGGGGAUUGAGGAGACGGCGGUGGUCUACAACUCCGUCGACCUGGAGGUUUUCUGAGGAGGGGGAUCUGAACAAGAACAUUCAGGAUUCAAAACACUUAAAGCAUAAUGUUCUCUACCAGUACAGAAUCACAGAGUGUCCUUUUUUUUUUGUUCUUUUACAUUAACUGUAAGAAGUGAUGUUGUGUUAAAAUAGUUUGGGUUUGGAACAGCAUGAGUUCAGCUAAUUCAGGAUUCCUAAUCUUAGAUUUUCUGCAUUGUAGUUUGAUUUCUGUUUCAAUGUUUUCCUAUAAAUCAAAGUGAAGAAAAUCUUUCCUGGAGUGACCGUUAGGCCCCUAAUGUUGAUGUUCAAAUGGAGAUUCUUUCUUUGUCAUUUUUCAUUAUAAAUGAAUGAGGUUGUGAUUCAUUGAAAUCAUUUGUUUGACUGUAACUGGAAUGUGAAUAAAGAUGAAGCAGGUGGAGUUACUAAAAUGA